GUACAGGUUGGCUGAUAAGAUGUAUAUUAGCAAAUAGCAAAUACUAAACACUCAUUAAACGCUGGAUAAAUGUACAUUAAAGAUUGAAAUGAGCGCAAAUUCAAGCUCUUCUUGGGAGAAAUUUGUUCACGAUAAUCUUCUGUAUGCGAAUAUUCUUGAUGGCAUUUUGUUACUAACUUCAUUUGGAGAGCAGGUCUAUUCCUGGGGACCAAAAAUACAUGAUGAUGAGUGUGUGCAGUUUAAAGGCAUUUUUAAUUCAGUAACUGAGAAACAAGACCUAGCCAUUUGUCAAGAAGGAUUUACUCUUAAAAAAGAUGAGAAUACAAAAGUGCAUUACAGCGUUUAUAAAAAGUCAUUGUGUAGCAUGUACUGCAUGAGUGAGAACCGUCAGAAUGGUUUGAUAGUGUGUAACCUUCCCUACGGCAUUUUGGUUACCACGUACAGCCAGCCAGCGAGAGCACAAGACGCCAUCGAAUUGGUAGAGAAUGCUUGCACGUUGCUACGAAGCUGAUAUAUUAGAAGACUAGAUAUUGGACAUUUAUGCAUGAAUGGUCGAUGGUUAUUAGAGAAAUGUAACGGAAAGUUAAACUAUGACUAUGCAAUGUGUAAAUACUCCUGCAAGGGUUGUGGGAUAUUGUGUUUCAACCAGCAAAGUCCUAAUAAGGUGUCUCAAAUGCAAGUCUUAAUAGUCCUAUUAACUUCAGAAGUAUAAAAGAAUUAAUAUUUUUGCAUCUGGGGUUAUACCCCCCCCCCCCAUGUAAUAGAGAUUGCGGGAAGGGCGUGGUCUUAAACGUUUAGAAGGGGAACGAUGCCUCAAUAAUAAGUGACACUCGUUAUCAAAGAAAUGGGUAGAUAUGGUCAUCAGGCGGAUGUUUCUAGUCCAUCAUACCUCCACUGUAGCUCUACUAACUUUAAAUAUCAGAGUCAAUAUUGGCUUUUGUGGAUUCUGUCUCAUUACCUAAAUUAGAGCCUUUCUUUCUUUAAAAAAACGCAGUAUGCCAACUGGAUUAAUGCGAUACAUCAUUCAUUGAACAUGGAUGCAAGGUUACUUGUAAAGUUGUAAUGAUUUUAUGAAGAACAGUACGAGUUGAAAUUUUAUACAACCCUUUGUAAUGAUUGAUUGCGAGUUUGUGAAUAAUUAUAAUGUGAAAAUAAAGACAUCAUUG